CCCUCUUCCUCCUCCCCUCCUCCCCCUCUUCCUCCCUCCCCUCCUCCCCCUCCCCCUCCUCUUCCUCCCUCCUCCCCUCCCCUCCUCCCCCUCCCCUCCUCCCCUCCUCCCCCUCCUCUUCCCCCUCCCCUCCUCCCCCCUCCUCUUCCCCCUCCCCUCCUCCCCCCUCCUCUUCCCCCUCCCCUCCUCCCCCCUCCUCUUCCCCCUCCCCUCCUCCCCUCCCCUCUUCCUCCCUCCCCUCCUCCCCCUCUUCCUCCCUCCCCUCCUCCCCCCUCCUCACUCCCUUCCCCCUCCUCCCCCCUCCUCCCCCCUCCCCCUCCUCUUCCUCCUCCUCCCUCUUCCCCCUCCCCUCCCUCCCCUCCCUCCCCUCCCUCCCCUCCCUCCCCUCUUCCUCCCUCCCCUCCCUCCCCUCUUCCUCCCUCCCCUCCUCCCCCUCUUCCUCCCUCCCCUCCUCCCCCCUCCUCUUCCCCCUCCCCUCCUCCCCCCUCCUCUUCCUCCCUCCCCUCCUCCCCUCUUCCUCCCUCCCCUCCUCCCCCCCUCCUCACUCCCUUCCCCCUCCUCCCCCCCUCCUCCCCCCUCCCCCUCCUCUUCCUCCCUCCUCCCCUCUUCCCCCUCCCCUCCCUCCCCUCCCUCCCUCCCUCCCCUCCCUCCCCUCUUCCUCCCUCCCCUCCUCCCCCUCUUCCUCCCUCCCCUCCUCCCCCUCUUCCUCCCUCCCCUCCUCUUCCUCCCUCCUCCCUCCCUCCCCCUCCUCUUCCUCCCUCCCCUCCUCCCUCUCUUCCUCCCUCCCCUCCU